AUGAGUCCAACACUGAAUUACCAGAAGACAGGCGACCGAAAAGUGGACCUAUUCUUCAACAAUAAUAUCAUAGAUAUUAUGAACAAUGAGUUAUCGAUUGUCAACAAUAACCUCAUCUUCGACUCGAUGCCAGACUUGCAGCCAAUUCUUGACUUCGAUGACUCGGAUGACGGUAUGGACGAAGUCGACGGUAAUCUCGUGUCCAAUGCCAACGCCAACCAACCCGUGAGACCAACUAAUGGCAAGAAUGGGAGGGCAGGCAAGAGGUCGGGCUAUAAGGCGACGGCAGCGCUGGUCAGACAUCAGGGCCCGGCUUUCAUCUUCAUCGAGGCUUUGGUCUGGAAUUUCUGCAGUCAUUAUGAAAGCGAUAAACGAAAACAAAAACUCCUUUUCCUUAAACUCUGCCAACGAUUGCAAGACUUCAAACUGAUUGGCAAUACCUUCACGAACGACACGUUUCAUCCGAUCCGUGAAGUAGUUUGUCAUAAAUUCAAUGAUUUGAUCCGUGAGAUCAAAGCCAAAGACAGUCCUCUAUCGCUGUCUUCGUCUUCUGCCUCUCUUUGCGACCAAAACAGCGAUUCUUCGCAUUUGGUGGAAGAGUCGAGUCGUUACCGAAAAGAGUUCUUGGAUUUGGGUCUCAUUGAAGAAGGAGGUUUUGGAGUCGUCCACAAAGCCAAGUAUCGUUUCGAUGACUGUGAAUAUGCGGUCAAAAUGAUUAGAUUUAAGUACAAGAGUGACACCGGCUUCAAGAAAAUCACACGAGAAGUGCAAUUGUAUGCCAACCUGUCGUCCCAUCCGAAUGUUGUCGGCUAUAAGACCGCAUGGCUUGAGAACUGGUGUCUACACCGCCAAAACAUACCCCUCUCUAAGCACUUGAAAACCACUGAAACAAGUCAUACAACUGGCGAACAAAUGGAGAGUUCAGACGAAGACAUCACUUAUAAUAUCGUGGAAAACGAUGUUUCCAUUCAUUUUGAAGAGACGUCCAAAAGUGGGCUAAGAAUUGAAACAUCGAAAGGAAAGGUUGAAUGCAAUCGAAAUGAUACGAAAGAAGUGGAGAGUGAAGAGGAAGUGAGUGAUGAAGACGAGGCCAUUACGAGUGAUUCGGUGGAAGGCUUUAGGAAUCUCUCUUUCAAUGACUUGACAACAAUCCGACAAACAGUUAACAAACGCAAGAAAACUCAAUCCACAAGUUCGACGACAUCCCAAAGCGAUGCGGGCGUUGAGUACCGAAACUGUUAUCAGGUCCAGAAAUAUGACAAACAUAAUAUUCCGCAAAUUAAAGUCGAGGAUUACGAAUCCAAUGCCUGUCCCUUCGCGUGCUGCGAGUUCGGAGCCAUUCUUUACAUUCAGAUGGAGUUGUGUUCAAAAAAUCUCAAGUCUUGGCUCCGGGAGCGCAACGAUACCGCAUUCAAACGGUUCGACAAUUCGUCUAAAGAAACGAAUUAUAUUCUAAGCGACGAAGACAUUAAGACAGCGAAGAAUCUAUUCCGACAAAUACUGAAAGGCGUCGAAUAUAUUCAUUCCCAGCAUCUGAUCCACAGAGACCUCAAACCGCAGAACAUAUUGUUUAGUGUCGAUGACUCCAAAGUCAAGAUCGGAGACUUCGGUUUGGCUACACUUCAUAAUAGUAUAGACUCGGACCAGAUAUCACUCGAUCACAUACAAAGCACAGCCACCGAUAUGAACGAACACACCGGAGGAAUCGGGACCUCUAUAUACGCGGCGCCCGAACAGAAGGCCAGACAUCCCGACAAGAGUUACGACCAAAAGACCGAUUUGUUUAGUUUAGGAAUCAUUUUGUUUGAACUCUUCUAUCCGUUGUCGACGGAUAUGGAGAAAGUGAAAUGUGUCUCAAACCUCACCAAAAAGCAAGUUCUGCCAAAAAGUAUCACCAAAUUUCAGCCAAAUGUAGCCAAAGUGAUCCUCGCCCUCACCCACCCUAACCCCUCCAUCAGACCCAAUGCCACACAAGUAUUACACUCUUCUCUGUUUCUCAAUGAAGAGCAGAUCAUUAUUAGACAAAUUGAUGAACAAAAUCAACAAUUGAUUCGUGAUUUAGCCGUUAAAGACAAAACAAUUAAAGAAUUGGAGAAUCAGUUGGAUAUGAAGCGUAAGGAAGCUUUAGAAAGGGAUCUAUUGAUUGAGAAGUUAAGGAAACAAUUUAGAAUACUUUAUCAGAUUUGCUGUGAUUUGGGUUUCGAUUCGUUGGCCACAAACGAUGUCAUGACUGACACCAGAGGUUACGAGUUCUUACUGACAGAUAGGCUCACAAUGGGAUCAAUUGACAGAUGGCUUAUCUUCAGUCUCCUGAAGGAGCCCUUCAUCUCCAAUAUCAGACUCUUCUCUGUCUUCGGCUGCUCUGGAAAUGAGGCCAUAAUUGUGACCAAAGAGGACGAAGUGAUGGCUUUGGGAUCCAAUUGUAGUCUAUGUCUGGGUUUAGGCGAAACCGUGGGCUCUCUUGAACCCCGAAGAAUAGACUUAUUGUCCAAAAAAGGUGUCAACAAAAUAGCGGCCGGAAGUGGUCCUCAUGUGUGCGCUCUUACAUCAAGCGGUGAUGUCUUCUCGUGGGGACACAACACAUACCAUCAGUUAGGGAACGGCUCCACAAACCCCUCUUCGACACCAAUUCAUGUGACGUCUAAUCUGUUGGGCAAACGAGUUGUGGACAUGAGUUGCGGUUCGUAUCACACGCUGGCACUGACUGAUGAGGGAGAGGUCUACUCUUGGGGUCAGAAUAAUUGCGGACAAAUAGGCAGCGGAUCGACGACUAAUCAGCCGACGCCUCGCAAAGUGACGGCCGGUAUCGGCGCGCGUCAAGUCGUGGCCAUCGCUUGCGGACAGAUAUCAUCGAUGGCUGUGUUGGACACCGGAGAGGUCUUCAGUUGGGGUUAUAAUGGAAACGGACAGUUAGGUUUGGGAACGAAUGCCAAUCAACCGAAUCCAUGUCGUGUGACUAAUCUGAAUGGAGUGAUCGUCCAGAAAGUGGUUUGUGGUAACGCACACACACUCCUACUCUCAGAUGACGGCACGAUCUAUGCUUUCGGAAGCAAUAGUUACGGACAACUGGGAACCGGUAGUAAAUCUAAUCAGACGUCACCCGUCAAAGUGGGCCCCAAUUUGGGCCGAUUUAUAGACAUCGCUUCCUCGCAUUACACACACAUAUCUGCGGCCAUCACUCAAGAGGGCAAGUGUUAUAUGUGGGGCCAAUGCAGAGGACAUUCCAUUACUCAACCGAUGGAAACCCCAUUCCAGUCAACUCAUGACGUGUUCGCCUCCUUCGCGACGCCCGCCGUUACCUUCCGGUCAAUAGAGUUGUGUUCGAGUCCUGUCAACCGAGUGCUCGACAGUCUGUCGCAGGCUUUCGAUGACCAGAGAACCAGUGAUUUCAAGUUUAUUGUCGAGAAAAAGCCGAUUCAUGUGCACAAAGCCAUACUUCGGGUCAGAUGUGAACACUUCCGCUCAAUGUUUGGCAGCAAUUGGGAGGAGAGCUCUAAAGGCGAACUUGAGAUGACUCAAUACUCAUAUCCAGUGUACUAUGCAUUCUUGCAAUACUUAUAUACCGAUGCGGUAGAGGUGGCCCCUGAAGACGGCAUCGGACUCUUAGAUUUGGCCAAUUCGUACUGCGAGACAGACCUCAAGCAGAAAUGUGAACGACUUAUAAGGAACGGCAUAACCAUAGAGAACGUGGCAAUGCUAUACUCGGCCGCCAUUCGGUUCGACGCCAAAGGACUGGAAGACUACUGUUUUCGGUUCGCUUUGGUCCACUUGACUGCUGUCGUACAGACAGACGCCUUCAACCGAUUGGAUGAGACAACUCUCAAGAGUUUCAUAACGAAGGCCGCACUCAAUGGUGCCUUCAGACACUAACUCCGACACUAGUUCUUAGUCAAACACCUCUCAAAUAUAGUCAUAAGUCGUUUGAGAUACGGAAUGGGAAGGAAUCCAUUGCCGUCUUUGUCCAGCACUUUGAACGCUUCUCUCAUCUCUUCCUCCUUCUCGCUGUCGGCCAUGCGUUGAGUGAAGACAGCCAUGAAUUGGUCGAAAGUCACUAAACCGUUGUUAUUGGUAUCAAUCUGUGCGACCAUUUCAUACAAUUGCUGCUCAUUUGCAUUCAGACCAUACGAUUGCAUCACUUCUUUGAGUUCUUUCACACCAAACGAACCCCUUUUGGUUUUGUCGAACAUCUCGAAGAUCUCCGAAUACUUCGCCACAUCUUUUGGAUCCAAUUUCUUCACAUUCGCUGACGAAGUGUCCAUCACUUCGAUAGUUAUUGAGUAGUCUUUGAA